CGCGGAACACGAGUUGAUGAGAAAAAAAAUAAUUCUCGGCCGCGGCCAGCCAUGAGCUGUUUGGAUGUUAUGUACCAAGUCUACGGCCCUUCCCAGACCUACUUCGCAGCAGCCUACAGCCCCUAUCACCAGAAACUCGCCUUUUACUCCAAAAUGCAAGAAGCCCCGGAGAGCGGCAGCAGCCCCAGCGCCAGCAGCUCCUUCUCCGGCCACCCCGCGGCCAGCAUCAAGGAGGAGGACUGCAGCCCCGAGAAGGAGCGACCCCCCGAGGCCGAGUACAUCAACUCCCGCUGCGUCCUCUUCACCUACUUCCAGGGGGACAUCAGCGCCGUGGUGGACGAGCAUUUCAGCCGGGCCCUCAGCCAGCCCAGCAGCUUCUCGCUCGGCAGCGCCAAGGCGGCGCGGAGCGCCGGCUCCUGGCGGGACGGCUCCUUCCCGAUGAGCCAGCGCAGCUUCCCACCGUCCUUCUGGAACAGCACGUACCAGCCUUCCUCGGUCCCGGCCACCCUGAGCAGCCCCCUGGCAGCUGCCGCCCACAGCGAGCUGCCCUUCGCCGCCGCCGCCGACCCCUACGCGCCGGCCUCCCUGCACGGCCACCUGCACCAGGGUGGCCCCGAGCCCUGGCACCACGCUCACCACCACCACCACCACCACCACCACCACCACCCGCCUUACAUCGGGGCGCAGGGCACCGCCUACGCCCGCCCCGCCGCCAUGCACGAGGUCUACGGGCCCCACUUCGACCCCCGCUACGGCUCGCUCCUGGUACCCACCGCCUCCGUCCGCCCCCACCGCCUCACCCCCGCCUCCGUGCCCACGCCGGUCAGCCCCCCCUGCGAACUGGGCAAGAGCGAGGCCGGCACCGCCGCGGCGUGGACGGCGCCGGGACCCUUCCCCAACGCGGCGGGGGAGGUGGCACAGAGCCUCGGCCUCAACGUGGACGCAGCUCGCCGUUACUCCUUCUGUGGUGGAUCCCUUCUGAGCUGAGGUGCUGACCCAAAGACUCUCAGAACCCCUCUUGCCAUUUUCCAAGCCCACCAUGGCCCUGCAGCUCGGGGAAAGACAACAGGACUUAAAAGGACCUGGCAUUGCAAGGGUGGUACUUUAGACUUAUUUCGGAGAGGAAAAUCCUUCCAUUGCAAGAGGAGAGCCAAAGACAUUGAACUUCUAUUUAAGCAGACUCCACACCCAGAACUGCAGUCAGACUACUCUAAAAGAGUCAAAUGACAUCAUGGAUGGUGAUGCAAAACCACUGGCCUUCAUACAGGGGGCAGAGGAAAUCGUGGUUUGGUUGGUUUUUUUAGUGGUGUGAAUAUUUUUUUAUGGCAGUGAAAAUUGUUUCUCGAAUGCAAACAUGGGAAAGCUACUUAGCAGUUUUGAACUGGAUUUUUACUUUACAUUGUAGAAAAGUAAAAGGAGAAGAAACUGGAAAUCACAAACCCUUUUGGACUAUCAAGGAACUGGUCAGGUUUUUCAGCUUUGUGGUUGUGAGUGGCAAGUGUCUGGCCAGGGCCACCUGACCUGGGCUGACAGAGAUGCAGCUGUUCCACGCACAACUGCUCAAACCCCAGAAAGACGAAAACCAAGGUGGCACUUCUCAGAGUUU